CUCAGAUGAAGAAAUAGAACAUUAUCGGCAUUUCGUGAGCCUCCCCAUGUUCUCUUCCAGAGUCAUUACUCCAAGUGUAAGGACUACAUUGACUUCUAACAGCAUGGAUAUUUGAGUAAUUUCCAGUUUGGGGCUAUUGUAAAGUACGGGUAGGAACUUUAUACAUGGCCUUUUAGUGAGCAUAUGUACACAUUUCUGUUGGAUAUACACCUAGGAGUGAAAUUGUUAGGACUAAGACUAUGCAUAUAUUCGGCUUUAGCUUAUACUGCCAAACUGUUUAACAAAGUGAUAGUACCAAUUUAUGUUCCUUUCAGCAGCAUAUUAGAGUUCUAGUUGCUCCACAAUCUUGCCAAGAUUUGGUAUUUUCUGUCUUUUUCAUUUUAGCCUUUCUGGUGGGUAUGUAACGGUAUCUCAUUAUGAUUUUAAUUUGCAUUUACUCUUUACUAUUUGCUUUUUAUGUGUUUCAAGAUAGAGCAGAUUAAAAUGCAGGGUAUUAAUCUUCUUUAUCUACCAGAAAUUUUCCCUUUACGGAUACUUUUCUAAUGGAACUUAGAACCUUCCUCUUGUACUGGAGGUAAUGUAAUGCAGAGGGUGAGGGCAACAAGCUUUGCAAUCAGAUAUACUGAGGUUUGAUUCCCAGCUCCACUGCUUACUUGUUAUUUUAUUUAACUUUUCUCAAUUUUAUGUAAAAUGGCACUAAUAAUACUACUGGCUCACCAGGUUAUUAUGAAGAUUAAAUGAUAAAAUAUGUAAAGUGUUUUGCAAAGUUCUUAGCACACUGUGAUCACAUAGUCAACAAAUGGCAGUUAUCUCUUAUAGUUUAUGCACAUCUUUUUUCUUCUGAUUUACACAUUCUUUGAUAAAGCAAUAGCACAUAGUUACAUGUUAGCUGCCUCAAAUAUAAUAGUUGCUGAUAAAAGUGGCUGAAUGAACGAUUUUAAACAGAAGGUAUUGUUACGUUAAGAUGUCGUAAAUUAUAAUGACUAUAGUACAAAAUACACUGCUAAUGAGUAAUACAUUAUUAUUUUUAGUAGUAGUAAUACAUUAUUUAGACAAGUGUCUCUCCUGUUUACGUUCAUCAUUUAACUGUUAAAAUUAUUGCAGUUCAGAAACACUACUGGAGCUGAUUAGUAAUGAUGACAAUUAGAUGUCCCACAUUGCAUUUGUGAGGGUUCCAGAGGUUUCUCCCUUCAAAUCCCAAACUAAAACAAACAAAAUUACCACGCCAUAAAACAAAACCACCACUUUUCUGAAGAGACGUUAAGCCUUUCAAACAGACCCUUUGUUCAGCAGCGGAAAACCGGAGAGGCAAGAGCUGCCCCAGCAGCUUCCGUACAAGAUGGCGCCGCCCAUUUGUACAACCCAGCUGAGAUUACGUCUUCCUAGCCCGUCGCAGGACCGGAAGUGGUUUCGGCCCCAGUGGAUCCGGGUGGGUGCGCGCAGGUGGCUGCAGAGGUUCCAGUUCUUCAGCGUGCGGUGCCGCAGGUGUUCGAGUGGUAUCUGAACCGCAGAUUAUGGGAUUAGUGAUAUGCUUUCCUAAACAAUAGCAAAGCCGAAGAUGUCUAGGCACUUAGUGGCUUUGACAGUGACCACCCUUCUUGGUGUGGCUGUGGGAGGGUUUGUCCUAUGGAAAGGCAUCCAGCGCCGGAGGAGUAAAACAAGCCGUGGGACUCAGCACCAGCAGCAGCAGCAGCACCAGCAGCACCAGCAGUACCAGCAGCAGCAGCAGCAGCAGCAGCAACAGCAACAGCAACAGGAAGCUCCAGGCAGGAGAGAGUUACCCACUCCAGAAGAGGACCAGCUGCACUCCAGUGCCACUAGAGCCUCAUGGGAGGAGAUGAUCCUUGAAGCAAAGGUGGUCACUGUGUCUCAGGAGGCAGAGUGGGAUCAAAUCAUGCCCUUGCUUAGGAGUGAGUUAGAAGAUUUUCCAGCACUUGGAAUCGAUUGUGAGUGGGUGAAUUUGGAAGGCAAAGCUAGUCCUCUGUCUCUCCUUCAAAUGGCUUCCCCAAGUGGCUUCUGUGUCUUGGUUCGCUUGCCCAAGCUGAUCUGUGGAGGAAAAACACUACCAAAAACAUUAUUGAACAUUUUGGCAGAUGGCGCUAUUUUAAAAGUUGGAGUAGGAUGUUCAGAAGAUGCAAGCAAGCUUCUGCAGGAUUAUGGCCUUGUCGUUAAGGGGUGCCUGGACCUCCGAUACCUAGCCAUGAUGCAGAGAAACAAUUUGCUCUGUAAUGGGCUUAGCCUGAAAUCACUUGCUGAGGCUGUUUUGAACUUUCCCCUUGACAAGUCCCUUGUACUUCGUUGCAGCAACUGGGAUGCUGAGAAUCUUACUGAGGACCAGGUAAUUUAUGCUGCCAGGGAUGCCCAGAUUUCAGUGGCUCUCUUUCUUCGUCUUCUUGGAUACCCUUUCUCUAGGAAUUCACCUUUAGAAGAAAACAGUGACCUCGUUGGCUGGAGAAAAGUCUUGGAGAAAUGCCAGGAUGUGGUAGACAUCCCAUUCCGGAGUAAAGAAAUGAGCAGAUUGGGAGAAGAGGUUAAUGGGGAAGCAACAGAAUCUCUGCAGAAGCCAAGAAACAAGAAGUCUAAGAUCGAUGUAACGGUGCCAGGCAACCCCCAAGGGAAAGACCCCAGAAAACAUAAAAGAAAGCCCCUGGGGGUGGGCUAUUCUGCCAGGNAAAAUCACCCCUAUGAUAACUGCUUUCUCCAUGCUCCUGAUGGACAGCCCCUAUGCACUUGUGAUCGAAGAAAAGCUCAGUGGUACCUGGACAAAGGCAUUGGAGAGCUGGUGAGUGAAGAGCCUUUUGUGGUCAGGCUACAGUUUGAACCUGCAGGAAGACCUGAAUCCCCAGGAGACUACUACUUGAUGGUUAAAGAGAACCUGUGCGUAGUGUGUGGCAAGAAAGACUCCUACAUUCGGAAGAACGUGAUUCCACAUGAGUACCGGAAGCACUUUCCCAUUGAGAUGAAGGACCACAACUCCCAUGAUGUGCUGCUGCUCUGCACCUCCUGCCAUGCCAUCUCCAACUACUAUGACAACCAUUUGAAGCAGCAGCUGGCCAAGGAGUUCGAGGCCCCCAUUGGCUCAGAGGAAGGCUUGCGCCUGCUGGAAGACCCUGAGCGCCGGCAGGUGCGUUCUGGGGCCAGGGCUCUGCUCAAUGCAGAGAGCCUGCCUGCUCAUCGAAAGGAGGAGCUACUGCAAGCACUCAGAGAGUUUUACAACACAGACAUGGUCACGGAUGAGAUGCUGCAAGAGGCUGCCAGCCUGGAGACCAGGAUUUCCAAUGAAAACUACAUUCCCCAUGGGCUGAAGGUGGUGCAGUGCCAUAGCCAGGGUGGGCUGCGCUCCCUCAUGCAGCUGGAGAGGCGCUGGCGUCAGCACUUCCUGGACUCCAUGCAGCCCAAGCACCUGCCCCAACAGUGGUCUGUGGACCACAACCAUCAGAAGCUGCUCCGGAAGUACGGGGAAGACCUUCCCAUCAAGCUGUCGUGAUAGCUGCUUCCCUCCCAGAUUAAGAGUGCUGGGAAGUUGGAACCAAGGUUGAAAAGUCACCUUUUCCUGUUUUAAUACAUCAUUAAUUGUCAAAGCCUGGUGACACAGCUCAGAAUACUAACCCAUACUGAUCCCAGGAUGCUUCUGGUGGAGCAUGGCUGUUGUUUUAAGGGGAGCUUAUGGUUUUUGCAUUUUAACUGGGCGGGGUAAAAAUUCUUUUUUCCUCGCUUUUAUUUUAUUUCUGUGGUCAAGGUGGGGCCUUGGCCUUUAUUUUACUCUUCUGCUUUCCCUGUGCAGAUGGCAAAUGAAAGAUUCUCCCAGAAGUGAUCUCUCCAGACUCUCAGGUUUUUAAUACAUUUCUUCCCUGUCCAGUAUGUUGGUUUAUCUCAAAAGGGCUGUUGUGUCAGGUUAGGAAGGGAGAAAAUUUCUUCCAGGGAGUUGGGGAGGUGAACAAGGGUUCAGAUGCAUUUUCCCAGUUCAGCCUCAUAAUUAUAAACUCUUUGGCUUCAUACUCUCCCAUAAUUACCUGGCUGGCAUCUAUCCCAUCCGUGUCACUUCACUUUACUUUCCCUUGCUUGAGAAGGCUUCCCUUUACAGGUCCAGGACCAAAGCAGCAACUUCCUGCCCUACACUUCCGCAUUAACACUGAGGGACAAUCCUUUCCUGGAAAUAGGCCUUCAAUCCGGGUGGGACAGUAAGAAGCAUAAGCACCAUCUCCCAAGAGAAUUUUGAUAAUUUGCUCAGCUUUCCCUUUCUACUGUUUGUUGUCUGCUUGUUGCGAUCCUGCCUAGAACUGCAAGGUUUUUAGCUUAAUCCCUUUCUAAGAGGAAGAUUAUCUUUUCUCAGAAUCAGUAUCAGGUCCCUUCAGAUUUGCAAUACUGACCUCUUUUGAGCACUUAAUUCUCUUCUGGAGUCAUUUGGUCAGGUUGCAAUGUGAGGAUUUCUCCAUUUCCUCUCAUGUCUGGGGAUACCAAGACGAAUUAAUAUAUUUAGAUGUUCAAAGAGUGGUGUGUAUCUUUCAAAAUGUGGGGUCACCACUUUGAGCAUGAAAUCAACUUAUUAGUGAUUAGUAUUUUUUCUAAAGUAUUAGGAAAACUUUCUUACUUUAUGAGAUCUUAAUAAACUUAAAAAAAGAUUUUAUGGCCAGAACAAGAGCUCUGUUUUAGAAUUGUGUCCAAGUUGAUAAUGAUUGCUUUAACAUUGAUAAAUAAAACUUCUAAGCACAAAACUCA